AUGAGAACAGUGUCUGCUGCAGCAAUCGCCGCGCGCGGGAUACGCAGCUACGGCAGGAUAGCGCAGACGCGGAGGAAGAUUGGUGGUGGUGGCGGGUGGGGUAUGGUGGUGGUGAGGGAGUAUGCUUCUUCUUCGUCUGGAAGGAAGACGGAGGGCGGUGAGGAGAGUGGACGAACGCCGUCGGCGUACGAGACGCGGUUGAGUCCGAGCUUGAUGCAGAGAUUUUUGUUCAAGAAAGCGACGCAUUCGAUCGCAGAGCUGUACAGAGACGCCACGAUCGCUGCAUCUGUCGCCUCCUCCUCAUCCAGCGAACCACCGAAGGUCGUGCUGCAUGGAUGGAUUGAUGGCGCGCCGCGGAAGAUGUCGAAGAAGCUUACGUUUGCGAGGUUGCGCGGCGUGCAGUUUGAUGUUGACGCGGACGAGCAGAAUACGAUACAGCUUGUGCAGUUCCGGAGCGGGAAGGAGGAGGUUGAGCGUGAUGGAGAAGUGCUGGCGCGGAUGAAGCAGGAAACUCCGGUGUGCGUUGAAGGCACGGUGUCGCAGCACCAAGGCACGAACAGAUACGAAGUCAAGAUCAUCUCGAUCACGGCGCUGAACCACCCUCACGACCUCGCCUCGCAAGUGCGCGAGGCUAAAGAAUGGGACCCGAAAGAUCGGUAUCUGCAACUCCGCACGCCGCAGCUGCAGCGCGCGCUCGCAAUCAGGAGUAAAGCGGCAAAGAUCGUGCGCGACCAAUUCAUUUCCCUCGACGGCUUCACGGAGGUCGAGACCCCGCUUCUCUUCCGCUCGACGCCCGAGGGCGCGCGCGAGUUCCUCGUGCCGUCGCGUGCAAACGAGAGGAAAUUCUACGCGCUGCCGCAGAGUCCGCAGCAGUACAAACAGCUGCUGAUGGCGGGCGGCGUGCACCGGUACUUUCAGAUUGCAAAGUGUUUCCGCGACGAGGAUCUGCGGGCGGACAGGCAGCCUGAGUUUACGCAGGUCGAUCUCGAGAUGGGGUUUGCGGGCGCCGAGGACGUGAUUGAUGUGGUUGAGAGGUGUGUGGCGAGGUUGUGGGGGGAGGUGAGGGGGGCGGAGUUGCAGGUGCCGUUUCCGAGGAUGACGUAUCUUGAGGCGAUGACGAGGUAUGGAAUCGAUAAACCCGACGUUCGCGGGGGUAUGGAGAUCAUCGAUCUCAGCGAAUUCGCAACCGCAACGGUCCACAAAGACUACCCAGUCUUUGAGAUCCUAAUCUACAGACCCCUUCCGACCUCCUCCCCGCUUCCGGACCCAUCACCACCCCCCAUCUAUCCAACCCUUCGCACACCCUAUGUUUUCCAACUCGACUCACCAGCCUCGGUAACCACCUGGCUCAUGCAAUGCCAGCAGAAGUUCAACCUCGAGCUCACCUCCGGCGAUCUGACAACCACCGCGCGCGCGAUCGCGGAAAAAUACGACCUCCGCGCUGGCGACGUGGUGUACGCGUGCACGCGACAAUCGAUGCCGUUCGAGAACCCUACACCCCUGGGCCGUGAGCGGCUUCAGAUUCUGCGGGAGACAGGCGUGCUCGACAACGAGAGCUUUGCGCCGCUGUGGGUGGUCGAGUUCCCGCUGUUUACGCCGCUCGAAAAGGCAGAGGUCGUGGACGGGCAUAUCGAGUUUGAUUACGACAGCCUGACGGCCACGCACCACCCGUUCACGAUGCCGGCGCUGGAUUCGCUUCCGCAAGUGAUGAGCGCGAUAGAGAGUGGCGAGCAAGUUGAUCCGCGCACGGUGCUGGGGCAACACUACGACCUCGUGCUGAACGGCGUCGAAGUCGGCGGCGGCUCGACGCGUAUCCACGACUCGCUUCUGCAACGGCUGAUCAUGGCGCACAUCCUGCGCAUCCCGCACGUCGAGCCGGACCCGCACGCGGCCCAGCCGCGGAACCCGUUCACGCAUCUCCUAACCGCGCUGAGCAUGGGGUGUCCGCCGCACGCGGGGCUGGCGCUGGGGUUUGAUCGGGUGUGUGCGAUGUUGGCGGGGAGUGAGUCGAUUAGGGACGUGAUUGCGUUUCCGAAGACGCAUACCGGUGCGGAUCCGUUGGUUGGAAGUCCGAGCGAGGUCACGGACGCGGCGCUGGAUGUGUAUCAUUUGCGGCGGAAGAGGUAG